AUGUCCUCUGAAUUAGAUAACAGAAGGAAAGAAUUACUUGAUUUAAAUACAAAAGCCUGGAAUGGCGAGCAUGUCUACAAAGUGGCAGCCAAAUUGGACUCUUCCUUGAAAAAGAAUACCGCCUUUAUUAAAAAGAUCAAGACUGGUGUCAACUCAGAUCAAUACAAGUCUGUGCUCAAGGACAUAGAAACUGUUUCCAUCGAAAAGUACUUGUCCGAAGUUAUUGUCAAUUUAGUGGAAGCGUUGUAUAAAGUCUCCAAAAGUGAUGAUAUAUUGGCGGCCAUUGAGAUCGUGUCAGCUUUUCACCAAAGAUUCACCACUCUAUUCACGCCACAAUUGUUGAUCCAUGUUUUGGUUGGUAUAUCCAACCCUGUAAGAUCCCAUCAGAGUGACAUAGAUGAAAAGGAAGAGCAAUCUAGAAUUGUACGUCAAAGAAAUUUACUUAGAUUGGUUGGAGAGUUCUAUAUCAUUGGUGUCUUUCGUGUUUUGAAAGAUUGUAAUAAAGAUCUGAUUCCUCAUGAAUUGUUACUUAAGUUUGGCAAGCAAGCAUCAGAACCAAUAUUAAUUGUCGUCAUUAAGGAUUUGAUGAAUUUUGAAUUAAAACUGGGUAAUUCUUUGAGUGUAAUCCAGUCAUUUUUAAAGAGAUUUCAGAACAUUAUAUGUAACGAUGACAACGUUCUUCUUCUGUUUGAAGUUCGUAACGUUUUAGUGCAGAUAUUUUCAAUUUAUUCUAAAGCUGUAUUUGAUAUAACUGUGGAUUUAAAGAAGCGAGUAAAACAACUCACUGAAAGAAACAACAAAGCAUCAAUCAGAACAGGAAGAAUUUUAGAAGAAAUUCAAGUAGAAUUGGAUGAUGUAAAAUCGAGAUAUGAAAAAUUCAAACUGACUGCAGAAUUUUUAUCAGAUACAUUGGAUAUUCCUCCGUUGAAUUGGAAUUUAGAUGAAGAAGACACCAAGCAGGAACCUGAUUCCGUGGUAGAACUAGUCAAAUCAAAGUCUUUGAACGAAGACGAUCUUAAUGGUGUAUGGGAAGAUAUCAAAGAAAAGACAUUCUAUACUGUAAUACCGCUGUUGGGUGAAAUUAUGGAUUCUACUUCUAUGGAAAAUUCUAAAUCGGUUUCUUCAAAAGAUGGUGAAAGAAUUCAAGAUUUUUUGAAUCGACUUGAAGAUGUUGGGGCUAAUGACUUGGAGCAGUUAGUGGUUGAGUUUAAUAAUUUGAAUUUGAAUAACAAAGCAACCAAGAAUAGAAUUAUGAGGUUCUUUAUUGAAACUUCCAAUGUUAGCAAUUUGAAAUAUUAUGCUCGAUUUUUGAAAAUAAACGAAAUCAACUUGUCUGACUUGAUUGAAGAAUUGAUUACCUAUUUAGACAAGGGUUUCAGACAUCAACUUUACCAAAACAAGUUGAACUUCAAGAAUAUUUUAUUCUUUGUUGAAUUGAUUAAAUUUAAAAUGGUUCCUAUUCAUUUAAUUUUUCACAAGAUUAGAACAUUAACACUUAAUAUAUCUGCCACCAAUAACAUUGAUAUAUUGGCGGUGUUCUAUGAAAACGUAGGUAGAUUUUUAAUGAAUGAACCUGAAUAUAAGGAUUUGAUGGUUGAAAUGAUUGAAUUGUUAAAAGAAAAGCUGAAGAAAUCAAAUUUGAAAAUCAAUGACAAAUUAGCCAUCAACAAUUUACUUUUAAUUGUCAACCCUCCUGCAAAUACCAAAGUUCAAAGAGAAAAAUCUACCCUUUCAUUAAAGCAACAAUUCAUUCAACGUUUAAUUCGGGUAGAAUUAGAUGCAAAAUCUGUUCCCGUUAUCAUUCGAUUACUUAACAAAUUGCAUAUCCAAACAGAUGAAGAAAGCUGUGAUACUGUUUUGGACUGUUUUGCUCAUCCUGAAUUGGUAAAUUAUGACAAUCUUCCAGCAUUGGCAGAAGUGUUGCAAAUGUAUUCUAAAAACCACAAGAAAAUUGUGGUUUAUACCAUUGAUACUUUGAUUGAAAAUAUUAUUCGUGGAUUGGAAUUGAAUGACUAUAGGAUGAAUAGAGUCAGAAUGUCCCAGAUUAAACUUGUUGCUGAAUUAUAUAACAAGAAAAUAGUCCAGUUUAAGUUGCUUAAUGAUUUAUUGUAUCGAAUUCUUUGUUCUGGUCAUCCUAACAAUCAACCAUUACCAAAUAAUUGGGAAGUCGAGAUUGACUUGCCUGACAAUUACUUCAGAAUUCAGUUGUGUUGCUUAUUGCUUCUUUCUAUAAAAUCGAUAAUUGUUGAUUCUGAUAUUUCCCCAAAGAAGAAAUCGCCUGCUAAGCAAGCAUCUGAUCUUAAAAAGAAAAACGAAAUCAACAAAGAAUUAUUAGGUGUUUUUACUACCUUUUUGCAAUAUUACAUAUUUUGUAAGCAAACUCCACUUCCUGUGGAACUUCAGUUCAAAUUAACAGAUUUGUUUGCAAAAUAUGAGGAUGUGUCUACUGUCAAACGCUACGAAACUAUCAGAGAAGUGGUCCAGAAGCUUCAAGAGCUGAUUCAAACCAAGAAGGAGGUUGAGUCUCAACUUAUGGAUGAUGAAGAUGAUGACGACAAUAUUGCUGAUGAAGAAUUAGAUUAUGAUGAAUACAUCGAUCCAGAAGAUGAGGAUGAUAGUGAUGGUGACGAUGAUGAUGAAGAGGAGGAGGAUGAUGAUGACUCUUCAGAUGAUGAAGGCGACGAUGAAGAUGAAGAUGAGGACGAAGACAGUGACGUGGAAAAUGAAGUGCCCGAACCUGAAAGAGUAAGGAUAGAGGAGGCUAAGAAGUUCUCGGAUGACAUUGAUAAAGAGUUCCAGAAAAUUAUGAUUGAAUCAUACAACAUUUCUGCAAGGCCGCAACAAGGUGGUGCUAGAGGUAAACUAAACAUGCCAGUGCCACGGCAAGUUCUUGUUGCCAAUGAAAUUAAAAACAAUGGAAACGAUUCUUCCAAGGUCUCGUUUGGACUAUUAACAAGAAGUGGUAAAAAGACAAAUGUAAAGCAAUUGAACCUUCCUAGCGAUAACAAAUUUGCUGAAUCUAUAUUAAAAGAGAAGGAGCAUCAAAGACAGGAUAGGCAGAAAAUUAUGAACUUGGUUUUACAAAUGGAUAAUUAAAAUUAAAUUCUAUUAAUUGCUGCUACCAUUAAGCUUUUCUGAAAGCUCCAUUGCUAUGUGAAAGUCAUUAUGAUCCAAAGCAUCGUCAACUGCUAUCUUACAUUUGGGACAAAAUUUUGACUCGAUUAACUCUUCAAGCAAGCUUCGUUUGGGCUUCUUCUGUAGUUUACGUAGGAUAUCAAUGCUGUUAUGCUUCCUCUUCUGGUUAUUUUUUAUGGCAGUAUCUGGGAGCCGUGCAUUUUGAGUCAGUUCAUGAAAGUCAUUAAAUAGUUUAUAAAUAUUAUCAGGAUUAACCUUGGGCUUUGCGGUCAGUUCUCGUUCUCGUUCGUGUAAUGAUACAGACUGUUCUACCUGGAAAGCUUCAAACAUUUUGGAAAUAUGCUCCUUAUCCGAUUUGGAUAAGUUUUUAGCAGUAACUUCUGGUGGUGUCGAUUCUCUCUUUGAUCUAAUGGAUUCAUUGAUUUGUUUUAGUUCACUGGAAGCGGUAUUGGUAUUGUUCUUGGUGGCAUAUGAUUCUAUUAGGGCAUUUUCACUUAGUGUUGUAAAGUUGGAAACCGAUAAUGACAUGUUUCUCAAUGGAAGGAUUUUAACUUUAUAAGGAUCUCCUUCAUAAAGUGCUUUCAUUGUGAUCUGACCAUUCAUGGCACUUAUGUUUGUUGCGGAUUCCAAAAAACCUCUCAAUAGACUAUAUCCACCAUCCUCUAUGAUUUCCUUUAAUCGGUCAAGAUCCCUGAAGCAUGGAAUCGACAUUUGCAUUGUCUGUCUUAUACCUGUGGUAGAGUGAAUUCCAAUUGUAAGAGUUUUUGGUCUCUUGAUGAUUCCUUUUUCCUUCUUGGACAACUUUGAUUUCAGCAAGUCUAGGUUCUCAUAGUCUAGGUCUAUCAAUCUAUUAUAUAAAUCCCCUGCAAACACCUUAAGCCAACCAUACGCCUCUCCUAAAUUUUGCAAUGGCUUCUGUGGGAGGUAGUUUUUCGUAGACGUCAUUGAUUUUAAUUCUAUCCAACUUGUUAACUCCGUGGAUCGCAAUCCUCGAACAAUCUGGUAAAUUUUCAAGGCCAAUUCUGGAUCUUCUUUAAUCUCUUCUUGUAGCAUUUCAAGAGUAUAAUUAUCUCUAAUGUAUGUAAUUGAGUUCUUAUCUGCUGGAACCUCCAAGCGGUACAUCAAAUUUUCACCCAACUUACCUCCCAUUCCUG